AUGAUACGACAUAAUAGUAUAAGUUUAGUAAAAUUCCUAACAAAAGAUAAAAAAAUAUAUUUAUCACUUUUUGAAAGUAAGAGAUAUGUUUCCUAUGAUACCUUAGCAGGUAUCCCCUGGAUGGGGCAUAGUCGAAUUACAAAUAUUUUUGAGAGAGUUUCAAAUGAAGGACCAUUUGAUAAAAUAACAUGGGAAAGACUUAGUGAGAGAGCUGAUAAAAUUUCUAAUAGUUUUAAUUCAAAAGAAAUUGGAAGAAUACUUUAUUCCUAUUCGAAAGUAAAAUAUAGAGAUAUAAAAAUAAUUUACAAAUUUAUAGAAAAAAUAAAAUAUAAAGAAAUAAAUAAAACAGAUUUAUUAUCUUUUGCACACAUAUGCCAAGCUUUAAAUAAUUUAAAUUAUUUUGAUAAUCAAUUUUUUGAAAUUGCAUUAUCUCGUAUAUUAAAAAUUAAAAUUGAUAAUAAUUCUUUUCCAAUCAUUAUUAUUUUAAAUGCAUAUGCAAAGCAUUGUAACAACCAAACAUAUCGCUAUAUGAGUUUAAAGUUGUUAAUAUAUUUUAUACAAAAUUUUGGAAACUACAAAGAUACAUGUUCGUCUCAAGGCUUAGUAAUGUUACUAAAUUCACUAUCUCAAAUAAUUAAGCCGUCUCCAGAUUUUUUAAAAACUGAAGAUCCAAAUUUAAACAAAAUAAUCAUAUCAAACAAUAAUAAAAGCUAUUUAUCAGAACAAAGUUUACAUUUCAAAAGGUCAGGAAAAAUAACAAACAUUAUACAUGAUGAUUAUAUAGCAGUACCAAGUGAUACGAAUAAAAAUUUGAGUGCGCCAAAGAUCGGUGAAGAAAAGGAUGAAGAAUCAGAAAGUAGUUCCCCCAAUAACCAUACAUCUACUAAUAUAAAUAUUGUUGAAAAAGAUUCUAUGGAAAGUGAGGAUACUAAUUGCAUGAACAAUACAGAAAACAAUCCUGAGAUUUAUGAAAGUGGACAUACGCAAAAUGAAAUAGACAAAUGUUACGAUGGCAUAAUAGAAAAUAGUGAAAAUAAAGAAAUUAUAAAACAAUUUUUUGAUGUGCUAUUAUUAGAAAUAAGUAAAAAAAUAGAAAGUAUGAAUCCACAAUCUUUAUCAUUGAUAAUUAAUUCAUGUUGUAGAAUUCCUUUUCAUGUAUCUACUGAAUUUUUAAAAAUAAUUUGUGAACAAAUAGAUAAAAAUAUAAAUUUCUUAACAAUUCGGCAAUUAUCACUGAUAAUUAAUGGGUAUAUGAAAUUAAAAAUAAAAAAUAUAGAUUAUAUUUUAAACAUAUUUAAAGAGAUUGAAAAAAAAAUACUUUCAUGUGAUGAUCACCAACUUAGUUUUAUAUUAAGUGGGAUAUCAAAGUUUAGCGAAGAUAAUAUUAAUUUUUGUAAUGACAAUAAAAAUUUAAUGAACAAAAUAAAUUCUAAAAUUAUUUUGACCAUAAGAAAAAUGAACAUAUCAACUUUGUGUAAUAUAAUGUAUUGCUAUGCUAAACUAAAUAUUUAUAAUGAGGAUAUAUUUAAUGCAUUUCAAAUUUAUUUAAAAAAUUUAUUAGACAAUGCAAAUAUGCACCAUCUAUCGCUUUCUGCAUAUGUGUUUGGAAAAUAUAAAAAAAAAGCUAGUUUAACUGAAUUAAUAUUAAAAAAAAGCGAAGAAAUAUUGCUAAAAAAAAUUGAAAAUAAAAACAAGACUAAUCCAAUGAAUGUAGAAAAUGGUUUUCUUAUCAAUGAUAUGAAAGAUGCGCUAAUUUUAAUAAAUAGUUUUAGUGAAUUGAAUAUAAAAUCGGAUAUAUUAGGAUCCUAUUUAUGUGGAAUUAUACAUAUAAACCAAAAAAAAAUAAAUUUAUUUAAUGAAAAUUAUGAACAUGGUCAGAAUAUAAUUUCAAAAAAAAUGCACACACUUAAGCAUAACAUCUCAUUUUUAAAUGAACAUGUUCAGGAUAAAAUUUUAAAAAAAAAUAUUUAUUUAUCCCAAAAAACGCUAGCUCUGUAUGCAGAUUGGAUUUGUUCUACAAAAAAUAAUGACUGA